GGCUCAUUGAUUUGUGCGCCAGUAAGAAAAAACUAGACAACAUUAUCAUUGAAGUAAUUCUCAUGAUUAUUUCAUGAAUGUUCGUCAGGAAAGUCUGGAGAAGAGAAGUGCUUCUGAUACCACAAACGUAUUUACGACCUUUCCACACCAAAUACAACUGGAUUCCUGAAGCAGAGAGAAUCGCAGAGGAGGGGAGAAGGAAUAAGAUGGGAGGAACGACGCAUUAUAGUGAUUGGUCGCAUGAGGAUUUGAUCAAGAGGGUAACUCAGUUGGAAAAGCAACUUGUCAAUAAUACCAAAAGGUAUUCAUUCAUUCUUCAUCAUUCAUUCACAAACUCUAAUCCUCCAAAUCCAAUACUGAACAAAACACCAGCGCAACUCCCAUUCCCAAGAGAAAUAUACAGAAACCUCGCCAUGUGCGGGAAUUCGAUCCCUCCAAAUACAAUACUCGACUUAUCGCUCUCAAACUAGCAUAUUUGGGAAAACGCUACAAUGGAUUCGAACAUCAUGCACACCCCACACCUUUAACUACUAUUGAAGAAGAAUUAUGGCAGGCGUUGAAUAAGGCUCGUCUUAUAUUUCCUCAGGGAGUUAAUCCCAUGGCGCCGGGUGAGGUCAAUUGGGAAGGAUGCGAAUAUUCGAAAUGUGGGAGGACGGAUAAGGGUGUUAGUGCUUUUGGACAGGUUAUUGGAAUUAGAGUUAGGAGUAAUCGACCGCUUGCUAAACCGAAAGCCAAGCCCGCACCAGAAGAAUCUGCAGAGGGAGAAGCAGGAGCAGAAGAUGAUAUGUAUAACACGUAUCCGAGGGAAAAUGGCAUCGAAGUUACAUCUGCGCCGCUUUCCCCAUCAGCAGGUAUUCCAGGACCACGGGGGACGGAUGGUGGAGCAUUUGAUUUGUCGGAUCCGGAUAUUCAGGAAAGUCUUGAUUUUAAUCACAUUACUGAUGAGAUACCUUACCCACAAGUACUCAACCGUCUUCUGCCACCUGAUAUCCGUAUACUGGCGUGGUGUCCGUCACCACCUAUUGAUUUCUCCGCUCGCUUCUCCUGUCGCGAACGUCGCUAUCGAUAUUUCUUUACCCAGCCUGCAUUUUCUCCCAUUCCUUCUCAGCUGGAACAUGGCGCAUCAGCUAGUAAAAUGAAAGAUGGGUGGUUAGAUAUUGAUGCUAUGAGGGAAGCGGCAAAGUUAUAUGAAGGUUUACAUGACUUUAGGAAUUUCUGUAAGGUUGAUCCGGGGAAACAGAUUACGAAUUUUGAGAGGAGGAUCUUUUAUGCGAAUAUUGAGGAGGUGAAUGAUUAUACAAGUUCGCUGGCUUAUGUAAACGGAGAUUCGUUUCUUGAUGAUUCGAUUCAUUCCAGAACUGAUGGUGAGAGUAAGGCUCCUAAAGUCUAUACUUUCGAUCUUCAUGGAUCAGCAUUCCUUUGGCAUCAAGUACGUCACAUGGUUGCAAUUCUGUUUUUGGUAGGACAGGGUUUAGAGAAACCUUCUGUGGUAUCAGAAUUGUUGGACGUGAAAAAGAAUCCAGGAAGACCAGCAUAUGAAAUGGCUACCGAUACUCCCCUCGUCCUCUGGGACUGCAUCUUCCCCCACGAAGACGACGCAUCUAGAACUGACGCCCUAGACUGGCAUUACAUAGGCGAUAGUCCGGGUUUCUCCGAGGGCAAAUACGGACAAGCAGGGUUGAUGGAUGAUCUCUGGAAAGUGUGGAGAGAGCGCAAGAUCGACUCGAUUCUCGCAGGCGAACUAAUGGGCAUAGUGAGUCGUCAAGGUAUUGAAGCACACGAGUUGAGCGGGGGAAAGGGUGGCAAGGGCAGGAGUCAGAAGGUUUUUGAUGGCAGUGAUGGUCCCCGGUUGACAGGGAAAUAUACAAGGGUUAUGGAUAAGACGAGGAUGGAACCCGUGGAGGUGGUUAAUGAGAGGUAUGUGCUUAGGAAGGGACUGGUGGCUAAGGAUCAGAAGAAGGGGUUUAGGAGGAUGGAGAUUGAGAGGGAUGGGGAUGUUGAGGGUAAGGGCAUGGGCAGUAAGAUAUGAUGAUAUUAGAUCUUCCGUCAAAAGUCAUCUAGAUGUUGUGUUUAUUUAGAUGUAUAAAAUUCGAACAAAUCA